AUGGAUUCAAACUCACCCCCUAUUGACCAUGAUUUCAUGUUUGAGGAGAUGCUGCAAUUUCCCCGAGAUCCAGCAGACCGAGGCACGAUCAACGUGGAAGAACCUUUAACUUGGCAUCGUUUUCCCCUCCCCCCUGGCCAUGCUGAGGAUUGGGAACAUCUGGGUGACUACGAAUUUGCCGAGAGAUUAUUACUGGAUUCAGGAUCCCCCGACUUUGAGGCAAGAGCCUUUUACUUUAAACUUCUGCGCGCGUGGCUCGAGGACUGCCACAACCACGACAGAUGCAAAUUGCCGCAAACCGAGCCUAAGUUUUGGCCAACAAGAGCCAUCUUUGUUGGAGACCACGAGCAGUUGAGGCUCGUUGAAGAGCCAAGUGGCGAUAGAGACUAUCUUGUGCUCUCGCACUGCUGGGGCAAGCCAACUAAACAAGAAUGGGAGGGUUUCUGCACUACUGCACGAAAUUAUCAUAGGCGAUUGAAGGGCUUUCGCUUGGAUGACCUGCCAGAGACGUUUCGGGAUGCGGUCGAGGUGACGCGGGAGCUUGGGAAACAGUACCUGUGGAUCGAUGCCCUCUGUAUUAUCCAAGGAUCCGACGGUGAAUGGGAAAGCGAGGCUGGCAAGAUGGAGAGUGUGUUUGCCAAUGCUUACUGCACCAUAGCGGCAGAUUCAGCUGGCGGCUGGAAGGAUGGUUUCCUCAAGCCUGGUCUUUGGGAUAGUAUCGUUCCUGGGAGUGUGGAAUGCGGCUGCGAUUUUAAAUCGGGUGUUGAUGAAGGGCAUCUGAUGAAAAGAGCCUGGGUUAUCCAAGAGCGGGUACUGUCUCGACGCACCAUUCAUUUCACUGAGAGUCCUGCCAAUACGCCAUACACAUAUUGGGAAUGCGGCAAUGGAGUCCGCUGCCAACAGUUCUCCUAUAUACGUCUACCACUUGGGGAGCACGGGUUUAUUGUUGACCCAUACUUUCCAUCUCGACUGAAGAAGGCUGGAUAUUAUCGUUGCCUCGAGUUUAUCGAAUUCCUUUUGGAGGGAUAUUCGAAAUGCGGGCUCACCUACAAAUCCGAUAGAGACACAGCGAUACGAAGCCUGCUUGAGCGCAUGGGUCGUGAACUAGCCACCGAUGUGAAAUAUGGCAUUUUACGGUGCUUUAUAGGCAGCCUACUGCUGUGGAAGAGAACUACCAAAGGAAUGACACCACCGAUCGACUUUGGGCGACGGACUGUCCCAUCUUGGUCCUGGAUGGCAUACGACGGCAGCAUCGAGUUCAUAGAUAAGUUUCGAUAUGAGCUUAGGAUACCUCAAUCAAAGGAUCUAGAAUUCGCCCAAGAUGGGACAGAGCUAAGUGUCAAGAUCAGAAGGUUCGAAAAUUGCCACUUGGGAGAGAACAAGAGUGACGGUAAUUAUACUGUCAAGGGCAUCCAUGGUGCAACUGAGAAUGUAGGGUCGAUGUGGUAUGACAUGAAGGACCAGAUCGAGUUCAACUACUGUGUCGUAGCUGGGGUCAAUGGGGCAGGUAUUCUGGAUACUGAUCCGAAGACACACUUAGUCAUCAUGGUUCAAGAAAAGCCAGGAGGAGGG